AUGGAAGAGGUGACUCGAGGAGCCCCUGAGGAUGUCUCUGGGAUGCUUUGGAAAGGAAGCGGGGGCUGGGGUACUUCUUUCACUAGUCGCGCUCGGGUUUGGUGUGGAGCAUCCCCCAGGGAACAAGGAGAGCAGGACUGCCGCCAGGAAGAUCCUUCAGUAGGGAUCGAGGUGUCAGGAAACAGCCGGCAGCUGUUCCAUGGAAAGGCAAGAAAGAGUGGUGUGAAAAGAAGCCCUUGGUGCUUGUGCAAAGAGAAGCUCCUAUUGCAACCUCUCUCCCUGUGCUUUGCGCCUCGGUCCAUGCUUUUCCACGGGAUCUCCGGAGGCCAUAUCCAAGGAAUCAUGGAGGAGAUGGAGAGGAGAUCCAAGACUGAGUCCCGCCUGGCCAAAGGGGGACAGAUGAACGGCCGGGAAACGAACAUGCCCCCCAUGAGCCCCGAGAAGCCUGCGUUGUGUGCUGGUUGUGGAGGGAAGAUCUCAGACAGAUAUUACCUGCUGGCUGUUGACAAACAAUGGCACCUCAGGUGUCUUAAGUGCUGUGAAUGUAAACUGGCUUUGGAGUCAGAACUCACCUGCUUUGCCAAGGACGGCAGUAUUUACUGCAAGGAGGAUUACUACAGAAGGUUCUCCGUGCAGAGAUGUGCCCGCUGCCACCUUGGGAUCUCAGCCUCUGAAAUGGUCAUGAGAGCCAGGGAGUCGGUUUAUCACCUGAGCUGCUUCACCUGCACCACUUGCAACAAGACUCUGACCACAGGCGAUCACUUUGGCAUGAAGGACAACCUGGUUUACUGCAGGGCCCACUUCGAGGCCCUUUUGCAAGGAGAAUAUCCCCCUCAGCUGAGCUACACCGAGCUGGCUGCCAAGAGCGGAGGGCUGGCCCUGCCUUACUUCAACGGCACUGGCACAGUGCAGAAGGGGAGGCCCAGGAAACGAAAGAGCCCUGCCUUAGGAGUGGACAUCGUCAACUACAACUCAGGUUGUAAUGAGAAUGAGGCAGAUCACCUGGACAGAGAUCAGCAGCCUUAUCCCCCAUCCCAGAAGACCAAGCGCAUGCGCACUUCCUUCAAACACCACCAGCUUCGUACUAUGAAGUCCUACUUUGCUAUCAACCACAAUCCAGAUGCCAAGGACCUCAAGCAGCUUGCCCAGAAAACAGGCCUGACCAAGAGAGUUCUGCAGGUUUGGUUUCAAAACGCAAGAGCCAAAUUCAGAAGGAACCUUUUGCGGCAGGAGAAUGGGGGUGUCGAUAAAGCUGAUGGCACAUCACUUCCGGCACCACCCUCAGCAGACAGCGGCGCUCUCACUCCACCCGGCACUGCGACCACUUUAACAGACCUGACCAAUCCCACUAUCACUGUAGUGACAUCAGUGACCUCUAACUUGGACAGCCACGAAUCCGGGAGCCCCUCACAAACUACCUUAACGAACCUUUUCUAA